GCGAGAAAGGGUCUUCUGGCCUGCUUGGUUUCCCUGGCAUGCCAGGUCCGCCUGGUGUCCCUGGGGUGAAUGGGUUUAAAGGAACUCCUGGCACAGCUGGAGGAACAGGAAGCCCUGGAGUUGGGGGACUCCAAGGUCAAAAAGGUGACAGAGGCGAUGUAGGUCCACCUGGUCUUCCUGUUCUUGGGCCUCUAGAACAGGCACUGCAAUUCAAAGGAGACAAGGGAGAUCCUGGAUUAGCUGGACUUGGAGGAUUCCCUGGACCUAGAGGUGACCAGGGAGAGUCUGUUGGGAUUCCUGGUAUUGCAGGAGCAAAAGGAGAGCGAGGAGACCCAGGGUUCCCAGGAGAGAGGGGGAGAGAAGGACUCAAGGGUGAAACAGGCUACCCAGGAAACAUUGGGGUGAAUGGACUCAAAGGAGGCCCAGGAGAUCUUGGCCCAGAAGGACCAGCAGGAAUCCCUGGAAAUGCUGGGCUAAGAGGAAUUCCUGGGCCACCAGGACCUCCAGGGCAGCCAGGAUCUGUUGGAUUCCCAGGAGCUCAUGGAACAGCAGGACCUAAAGGUUUUAACGGAUUUCCGGGUUUAAAUGGUCUGAAUGGCUUACCAGGCACAAAAGGGUCUCCUGGAACACCAGGUCUGAGUGAAGCUGGACUGAAAGGCCCUGCAGGUCUACCAGGUCUGAAGGGUGAAGAAGGUUCUCCAGGCUUGGGUAGAGGAGCUGUAGGAUUCCCUGGACCAAAAGGCUCAUCAGGAGACAUGGGUCCCCCUGGUCCUGUGGGACUGCCUGGCUUGCCAGGAACACCUGGAACUUCUGUUCCUUCUGAUAUACGUGGUAGACCUGGGGAUGCUGGCCAUCCAGGAACUGAUGGAAGCUCAGGUCCUCCAGGACCACGAGGGCUCCCUGGCCCAGCUUCUGACCAAGGUGACACAGGCAAUCCAGGUUUCCCUGGUGUUCUGGGCUUGCGAGGCAUUAAGGGUGAUGUGGGACCCACUGGUCCAAUUGGACUCCCUGGAGCAUCUGGAUUCAAAGGUAUAAGAGGGGAGCCUGGCCUUAUGGGGAUGCCAGGUAAAGAUGGGCCUCCGGGGGAUCCUGGUUACCCUGGGCUGAAAGGCGAAAUGGGCCGUCGAGGUCUCCCUGGCCGACAAGGCUCUCCAGGUAUAACCCCACAGCCAGAAGAAAUCACAGCCCCUGCAGGCUUACCUGGUCUGCCAGGAAUUGAUGGUGUCCUUGGCUUUGAUGGAGAUCCUGGAUUCCAGGGCCCAACUGGAAAACCAGGUACAAAAGGUCUGCCAGGAAGAUCUGGUUUAAAAGGGCGUGAUGGUUUACCUGGAUCACCUGGCAUAGCUGGGGAUCCAGGACCUUCGGGUGCCCCAGGACCACAGGGUUUUGAAGGUGUCACUGGAAAGCCGGGCUCACUUGGUUUGCCGGGAAUGCCUGGUCGGAGCGUGGGUGUUGGAUACACCUUAGUGAAGCACAGUCAGUCAGACCAAAUCCCACCUUGUCCCAUAGGAAUGAACAAGCUCUGGGAUGGCUACAGCUUAUUGUACGUGGAGGGGCAGGAAAAGUCACACAACCAGGAUCUUGGUUUUGCUGGCUCAUGUUUGCCUCGCUUCAGCACUAUGCCCUUUAUUUACUGCAACAUCAAUGAAGUGUGCUACUACGCCAGCCGAAAUGACAAGUCAUACUGGCUCUCCACCACCGCUCCUAUCCCCAUGAUGCCAGUGGACAGUGUUCAGAUUCCACAGUACAUCAGUCGGUGCUCAGUAUGUGAGGCACCUUCUCAGGCUGUGGCUGUGCACAGCCAGGACAUCACCAUCCCUCAGUGUCCUGUUGGCUGGCGCAGCCUGUGGAUAGGAUACUCUUUCCUUAUGCAUACUGCAGCUGGUGCAGAAGGUGGAGGUCAGUCUCUUGUCUCACCUGGUUCUUGCCUGGAGGAUUUCCGUGCCACUCCAUUCAUUGAAUGCAACGGUGCCAGGGGCACGUGCCAUUACUUCGCAAACAAAUACAGCUUCUGGCUGACGACUGUGGAACAGUCGCAGCAGUUUGUCAGUGCUCCUCCUUCAGAAACUCUGAAAGCAGGACAGCUUCGCACCAGGGUCAGCCGUUGCCAAGUAUGCAUGAAGAACUUGUAG